AGAAUUUUGUCCCUCUUGUUCCUUAUCGCGCAAGAAGACUUUCUUGGACGCGGUUUUGGACAGUGGACACGCUGGACGCGGAGCAGGACCCACGCAGGAGGCACAAACCGGACACCGUGUUCUUCGUUUGCGGCUUUAACACGAUGGAGCCAGCCUUCGGUGAGGUGAACCAACUCGGCGGUGUUUUCGUGAACGGCAGGCCGCUCCCCAACGCGAUCCGGCUCAGGAUAGUGGAGCUGGCCCAGCUCGGGAUUCGACCCUGUGACAUCAGCAGGCAGCUGCGCGUCUCCCACGGCUGCGUCAGCAAGAUCCUGGCCCGCUACAACGAGACCGGCUCCAUCCUCCCGGGGGCCAUCGGAGGCAGCAAGCCGCGGGUCACCACACCCACCGUGGUCAAGCACAUACGGACAUACAAGCAGAGAGACCCGGGGAUUUUUGCCUGGGAGAUCCGGGACAGGCUACUCGCCGACGGGGUUUGCGACAAGUUCAAUCUGCCCUCUGUCAGCUCCAUCAGUCGGAUCCUCCGCAACAAGAUCGGGAAUCUGUCCCAGCAGAGCCCGUACGAGCCGGGCAAGCAGGCGCCUCACCCGCCGCCACAACCAACGUUACCCUACAACCACUUAUACACAUACCCGACAUCCAAAGUGCCCACUCCCCCUGGCAUGCCCACCCUUCCCGGACACAUGGCCAUGCACAGGAUAUGGCCCUCCUCGCACUCUGUGACAGAUAUUCUGGGGAUACGGUCUAUUACAGAGCAACAAAUUAGUGACAGUCCAUCCUUUCCCAGCGCCAAACUAGAAGAAUGGAGCACUAUAAACAGGACUAAUUUCCCACCAGCAAGCUCUCCACUACUAGUCAAUGGCGUGGAUAAACCGCACUUAGAACCUGAAGCAAAAUACACACAGACGCCGAAUGGAUUGCCCACAGUGAACAGCUAUGUCACAGCACCCAGCAUCCCUCCCUACCACCCUCCCACCACCCAAGUGUCACCCUACAUGGGGUACAGCGCCACCACGUCGGCCUAUGUGACCGGAGCCACAUGGCAGCCGGCCAGUGGCAGUGCUCUAUCUCCCCACAACUGUGACAUCGCCACCCCUCUGGCCUACAAGAGCAUGACAGCCAAUCGUGACGCCAUCCACCCGGUCACCGCCUCGGCGCUGUGAAGUCAGGCUGGUUGGGAGGGAGCGAGGAGGGGAGUGAGAGACGGCGAGGACAGGAGACACCAAGUCUGUCCCCUGUGGCUUCAUUUCAUUCCCACUGCCUCCUUUCUAUGAAGGACUUGGCCCCAGGACCCAUAUUUGCGCCCCCUCCUCCGCCACCACCUCCUCCUCCUCCUCCCUGCUCCUCACAGUCAGACCAAAGACACACGAGGAAUAAACAGUCAACUUUUACAACAAACUCGUUGUCUGAAAGAACUUGCAGGACAGACAGGUGUACUGAAGGACUGAUGUAUGACUGCUACUCCCAUCCAUCAACACAAUUCCUCUCAGAUUCUUUACUGCACACUUCUGCAAAUGUCUUUGGGCAAAACGGGGUAAUGUAUAACUUCAUGAGUAAGCAAUCAAAGAAGAGGGGGAAAACUUUGCAUUAGUGUUUCAGGGUGCUUAAUAAUGCUAUUGUUUUUUUUUUAUAUGUUUGUAUGCUUUUUUUGUGUUUAUGUUUUGAUAAAAGUAACUGUCGUAUGGAGCAUUGUUUUCCCACUUCUCUAAAAUUGUAGCCUCUGCAGGAGCUCCACAGAGAAGUUUAUUUAUUAGAUUAAGGUACGUUGAAUGAAGUGCAAUUAGCCUAACAGACAGCAUGGGGAUCUCCACGCAUGUUUAGACAAAAUUGGCAUUGGUCUGAUGUUGGAGUCUAGAGCAGUAACAAUUGACAAAUGUUGCACAAUGAAAUUGAAUGUAUCUUAUUAAAUUGUUUGGCUGUUA